AUGCAAUCGAACGAGCGCCAGCAAGUCAUAGCUCGCAAUGUGCCGCAGUUGGUGCGAUUGCUGUUGGAUUCGCCACUCGAAGGCAGGGAAAAGCAUGAAGAAAGUGGACAGAAUGUGGACUCUGCCAUCGUCGAGAUUUGCCUCAACUAUGCCAAGAAGCACCUGGAGGAUCCCGACCUCGAGGAGUGCUGUCCGGAAUCCGUCAUGCUCUCCAUGGGUCACUUUUUGGAUAGAUAUCGCUGGGAGCAGCUUCCCAAGUACGGGGAAACCUUCAAGCAGUUGGCCAAUGUGAUUCUAACCCACCCACUCUGUGUGAACCACGAGCAGAAAGAUCUUCAGUACAGACUUUUGGACUUUAUGCUCUGCGUGAAUUACAAGGCUUUCAAAGAGGUUCACAACAAUCGGGAUGAAAUGGAGCAGAAGCGGAAGAACAUCAUGGAGGCUCUUACUUUGGCCACGGAAAGUUCGGAGGUUAUUGCAGAAGAGAUCAGAAGAAGAGUUUCCAAAAGUGGAAUCUCGAAUAGUGCAACAUCACCUCGUGAAACACCACGAAAGAAGGAAUCUGAUAGCUAUUGCUCCCAUGGAACAUCCAACCUGAAUAGAACCCAAAUCAAAGAGGAAUUCGCUACAAAAGAUGCUAAAUUGGAUCUCGAAUUGAACAUCACUCAGGUGGAAUCCACCGCAGCGAAACCCACAAAGACCAAUUACUUUAAGGGAACCAAUGAUAUGUUUUCCAGGAUCGUUUCGCCAUGGUGGCAGGUAGAUAUUCAUGUGUAUCAGCCACCUCGUAUCUUUACCAGCAGUUUCAGCCAGGGCUACGGCGAUUGGCUGGUUUAUCAGCUAAGGAAAAGUCUUUCCUCUGUGCGAAAAAUCAGCGAAGAACAUCAACUAAUGAGGGAACUAGUAAUUUGUUUUUUCGCAACUGUAGAUCAACGGCAUUUUCAGAUAUUGGAUAAUGAUUUGCAGGUACGAAAGGAUGGAACAUACACCUGUGCCUUUAACCAGUUAUAUGAGGGUCCUUUUUUAGCAAAAAUCCUUGAGUAUGUGAAGCAGAUGCGGCAUUUAAGGCAGUUCAUUGAGGAUCAGACGUCGAAAAGAAUAACUGGUGAUCGGUUGGAGACCUUAACUUCUUUCUCUGUGGCUCUGCGAAGACUUCUUCGACCCGUGAUUGAAUACCUGGUUUAUUUUGAGAGUAGACUGACAAAGGGCAUUGAAAAACCCACCUUGGAGCACUUUUUGGAGGCCUCGAGUGCUCCCUUGGAAAGACUAAAUACACUCUUUGAACUUGCCAAGCAAAUUUCUGAAGGAGAACCCUCAAUGAGGAGCCUGCGACUUCUGGACUCUUUGUUCAAAGCCAUAACCAAUAGUAAUUACUCCAAGUUUCAGAGAUCUUUAAAUGCAUCCUUAUUGCUUCACUCUCUGCUGUCCUAUUGUCAGUUUAUCGACAGCUGGUGGUCAACGGGGGAGUUCACAGACUGGCACGAUGAGUUUCCCUACCAAAGACUCCUGAUCGAAAGACGAACGGAAUAUGCCUUGAGAAAAAUACACAACAAAGAAAACGAACUUCUAAAUGGAAAGCUAUUUCAAAUCAUUCAGCAACACAUGGAUCAAUCUAGAGAGGCAGUGGCCACACUCUAUGAUGCCCGAAGAAUAGGUGACUUCAACUUGUUGCAUGGAAACGCAGCUCGAUUAUCCCUUCACAAUGAACUAUUGAAAGCGGUGAUAGAGGAACUAACUCCUUAUCAAACAGAGAGGAUAGAGGAAACCAGUUAUGCCCCUGAUAUCCUGGAGCAGCUUAAAAAAGUCAAUAAUGAUCCAGUUCGUCGAUUGUUGUACUCCUUUCACAUGGAAACUCGACCAGAUCCCCGACAAUUAGUUAGUUGCUCAGUGGAUGAGUUGGUGAGGAACUUUCAGGCCUGCGCUCCCUACACUCCAAUAUCAGAUAUUAUCUGCCAGGAGCUGAGAAGAUUACUUCACCGACGUAGCUUGUUGGUUAACUCGUAUAUGACUGACUUGGAAAAUGAGUUACAAAUGCCUAAGAAAGUAAAUCACCUGCGAUCGGUUUUCCUCCUCUUGAACUAUGACCUUUUCCGCAGUGAAUUUGAGUUAUUUUUUGAGUUACUGGAAAGAAACCAGUUGAUGGAAGCUUCUUAUGUGUUGAGUGAUAUUCUGGUUUCACAGGAUCCGAGAUUGGGUUAUCUGUUCAAAGUUUAUAUAAUAGAACCACAUCCGGAAUUUAUUUACCUUUUGGUCAGCUAUGAUCCUUUUCUGAACCGAGUGAUUAGGCAGGAGCAGAUUGAGCAGAUGAACAUCUGCUUUCGUUUGAUGUUAAAUUUGCAUUAUUCACGGUAUCAACUUGAGAAAAUAUCUUCCUUGGAUAAGGUUAAUCAAAACGGACUGAUUACGGCUUUCAGAUCUCUUCAGCAAUCAUUAGUGUGCACAUUCGAAAAGAAAAUACUGAUAUUUUCAACGAAUCUAUGGAAGGUCUUCAAUACCUACGAAGUCGGAGUGCAAGGUUUUCCCAAUUUAAAUGAAUUAAUACAGAACCACGAACUGUUUCUGCUUCACAUGAACAGGAUGCUGCAAUCUGAGUUUAAAGGAGAUGGAUAUGGCUGCAGCUUGGAUGAGGUCCUCAAGCUGAGCAGAGUCUUGAGGUAUCGGUGGCUGAGGGCCAUGACCGUCAUGAACGCCUAUCGCAGACAGAAACCAACUAACAUCUUCGAGUUGAAGUACGAGUGGUUGCGGUUCCACUACCUGCAAUCCACUUUUGAGUACUGCAAGGCAAUUGGUUGCUUCCUCCGGCGGAAAUAAUAUGUGAUGAUUUCCCAACUGUCGGUUGCAUUGUUUGAUAAUAUUUUCAAAGAUAUAUUUGUAUUUAAAUUGUUAUAUUUUGAUACUAUUAAGUUACAGUAACAAUUAAAAAAUAUAUAUAU